UUCCGGGUGGUGGAGCUGUCAGCGGCGGAUCUUCGACACGAAAAGAACCAAAGAAGAAGAAGAUGAGGAAUAAAGUUAGCAGUGCUCAAGCAGCAGAGACUGGCCUGCAGGCGGCGCUCCACCAGUCCGUCUUCCUGUCGGCCAUGUCUCCACAGCCCGGCCGCGACCUGUCUCUCUGCUGGGAGCAACACCGCAAGCUGCUGCCAGGAGUCACCAGAGUCCACGCAGAGUCCGUCCAACACUGGAGCGUCCAACAGGUGUCAGAUUUCAUUCAGUCCAUCCCCGGUUGUGAAAACCAGGUGAAACAGUUCAGAGAUGAGCAAAUUGAUGGGCGGGCCUUCCUCCUCCUCACUCAGCGUGACAUUGUGAGGAUCAUGUCAAUCAAACUUGGUCCCGCGCUCAAGAUUUACAACUCAAUCCUCAUGUUCAAACACAUCACGAGCCAAUCACACGCUGAGGUCACGAGCCAAUCACACGCUGAGGUCACGAGCCAAUCACACGCUGAGGACACCUGCAGGUAACAAUGAUGACUCAAACUGGAAACACCUGGAACUUGACUCCAUCGCAGCUCCUCCACUGGACUUCAUUUUCCAUCCAAUCAUGAAGCAGAUAUAACUUUGUGAUGUCACAAGAAUGAUCUCAGGUGUGUUCCUGUCAUUUAUGACAUUCAUGUACUUAUUGCAGGAGCCCUGUAUAUGAAUAGAACUAUAUAUGCAUAUAUAUAAAUAUAUAUAUAAUUAUGUAUGUAAUUUAAUAAUGAGGCAAGAGGAUGUUCCUAUAAGUACAAACAGGGUUUGUCUUUAACUCCUUACAUUAACGGAUCAACGGAGCAGAACCUCAUGUGAGUUCUUCUCGUCUGUGACCUUGAGAUGUUCUGCUGAAGGUCGUCAGGACCAGAAUGCAUCACGUGAAGCUGUCGUUAGUUUUCAUUGAUAUAGAGAAGUGAUUGUUUUCUACUGUUUCUAUAAAGUUCUAUUUCAAAGUUUCUUUACAAUAAUAUAUAUUUGUAUCUCUGACAUGAAGUACACUCAGACUUCUUCAGCAAUGUGAUGUAAGAGAUGGGGGCGGGGCAUAUGUUUCCCUUAGGUUUCCAUGGUAACAACUGACAGAGUUUAACUGGGAUGUUAUUAUAAAUAAAUGUUUCUGUCACUGUUUGACGAGAUCAAUAAAGUUUCAGAUCUGA